CCCCUUGGCCCUUGCCCUUGCGUAAGUGCACUUGAUAGUCAUAAUCGUAAAUUAGCGGUGAUAGUCUAUUAUAUACACGUUUAAGGACUAAUCCUCCGAUCCAUUCAAACGGUUCGCCGAAGCUGCGUGGUUUUACCGAUAUCGAUGUUGCUCGUUGGAGGAUCGCUCUUCACCUCCACUCCGGCCACCGCCCUUUUCCGACGGCGUGCUCUCCGGUGCAGCGCCUCCGCGCCGCUGCAGGAGGCGGGUCUAGUCCGGCGAGCGGCGGAGGUGGCGGACCUCUCGGCGGGGCACACCUCGCCUCACCCUAACUUCGGAUGCGUCAUCGCGCGGGGCGUGGACGUCGUCGGUGAGGGUUUCCUCUAUGCGCAGGGCACAAAGUGCGCCGAGCUCCAGGCCGUCGAGAUGGCCGGCGCCCUCGCGCGUGGCGCCACUGCCUAUCUGAACAUGGAGCCUGGCGAUUGCUUCUCCGAUCACACCGCUGUGUCGUCCCUUGUCCAGGCAGGAAUUUCAAGAGUUGUAGUGGGCUUGAGACAUCCAUUCCAACAUUUAAGAGGGAAAGCAAUCCAGUCAUUAAGAAAUGAAGGUGUUCAAGUAGAUGUUCUUGGGGAAGACUUACAGAGUAAAAUCUUUGAGGAUGCUUUGAAGUCCUGCCUCAUAGUUAAUGCUCCAUUACUCUAUAGAGCUGCCUUUCACGUUCCAUUUUCAGUUCUGAAAUAUGCUAUGACAUUAGACGGUAAGAUUGCAACUAGAAGUGGGCAUGCUUCAUGGAUAAGCAGCAAGGUAUCUAGAGGUCGAGUAUUUGAAUUGCGUGGCAGAAGUGAUGCCAUUGUUGUUGGGGGGAAUACUGUGCGCCGUGACGAUCCACGGCUGACUGCUAGACAUGGAGGAGGACAUGUUCCUGUAAGGAUAGUGAUGUCACAAACUCUUGAUCUUCCUGAUGAAGCAAAUCUCUGGAAUGUCUAUGAAGCAUAUACGAUAGUGGCGACACAAAGAGGUGCUCGGAAAGAUUUACAGAAAAAACUUGCAAAAAAAGGUGUAGAAGUGGUGGAGUUUGAUAUUUUGAGUCCUAGGGAUGUUAUGCAAUAUUGCUAUGAUCGUGGCUACCUUUCUGUCUUAUGGGAAUGUGGUGGUUCUCUCGCUGCACCUGCUAUUUCAUCUGGGGUCAUUCAUAAGGUUUAUGCAUUUGUUGCACCAAAAAUUAUUGGGGGAGUGAAUGCUCCAUCUCCAGUUGGCGAACUGGGAAUGGUUGAAAUGUCUCAAGCACUGGAUUUAAUUGAUGUUUCAUAUGAGCAAGUUGGGCCAGACAUGCUUAUAAGUGGAUUUCUUCAGCCAAUUCCAGAUCUUUCACCUGUUAUACCUUCAUCAGAUGAGCUUUCUGCUAUUGAUCCAACUGUCUGUCCAUUUGAUACAAAAAUUAUAUCUUUCUAUAAGACGUGGGACCUGUAUGGGGCUUUCUCAAAUUACUCCCCGCAUCCUAUACAAAUGCCUGAUGAAAAUGGAAAGUAUCAAACAUGGUCAAGCGUGGAACACUAUUAUCAGGCACAGAAGUUUGCUGGGGUUGAUGAUCGUCUUGCUAAAGAUGCCUAUGAAGAAAUAAAAACAGCAAAAAGCCCAGAAGAAGCAUCACGUAAGGGAAGAAGAUUGCAGAGACAACAUCCUGACAUGGUUCGUGCUGACUGGGAAUCUGCCAAGAUAGAUGUCAUGUACAGAGCUCUCAAGUGUAAAUUUUCUACAUAUCCAGAUUUAAGUGCCAUGCUUGUCUCAACUGCAGGCUCUGUUCUCGUUGAAGCAUCACCCCAUGAUCUCUUCUGGGGUGGAGGCCGGGAAGGCGAAGGCCUAAAUUACUUGGGCAGGCUCUUAAUGCAAUUGAGAACAGAAAUUUUAGAUAGAAAUUCAAAAGCUGCUGUUGUCUCUUAAUUAGUCUGGUUCUUUGUUGUUAGCCUGCGAUAUUGGUUUUCAUUUGAUAUAACAGCUGCAAUAUUAGUUUUCUUGCUCCAACGAAGAAAUGUGAAUCUUCGAUGUUUGUAAUACAUUUAAUGUUGUUUAAAUUUACGUAUUUUGUUUCA